AUGUUCAUCGCGCGUUCGGAAUAUGACCGUGGUAUUAACACCUUCUCUCCCGAGGGGCGCUUAUUCCAGGUCGAAUACUCGCUUGAAGCCAUCAAACUCGGUUCCACAGCGAUCGGUGUAUCAACAUCGGAAGGUGUCAUCCUAGGCGUCGAGAAGCGUGUCACAUCGACCCUUCUCGAGGCUUCCUCCGUCGAAAAGAUUGUCGAAAUUGACCAGCAUAUCGGUUGCGCCAUGUCCGGUCUGCAGGCAGACGCCCGGAAUCUGGUCGAACAUGCCCGCGUCGAAUGCCAGAACCAUGCCUUCCACUACGCCGAGCCCCUGCGCGUCGAGAGCUGCACCCAGGCCAUUUGUGAUCUGGCGUUGCGGUUCGGAGAGACGGGUGAUGAUGAAGAGAGUGUAAUGAGCAGACCUUUUGGUGUGGCUUUGUUAAUUGCGGGUUACGAUGAGGAUGGUCCUCAGCUAUAUCAUGCUGAGCCGUCCGGUACGUUUUACAGAUACGACGCAAAGGCGAUCGGAUCCGGAAGCGAGGGUGCACAAGCGGAACUGCAGAACGAAUACCAUCGCUCUCUUACGCUGGCCGAGGCAGAGACGCUCGUGUUGAAGACCCUGAAGCAGGUCAUGGAGGAGAAGCUCGAUGCGAAGAAUGUGCAGCUUGCCAGCGUGACAAAGGAGAAGGGAUUCCGUAUCUACAACGACGAAGAGAUGGGUCGGGCUGUCGCUACGCUCGGCGGCAACCAAUGA